AUGGUGAAGCGUCCUUUGACCGCCGACGCCGUACCAGGUGCUACUACCAUCGUUCUGAAUACCUGCGACGAACUGGAGCCCCUUCCCGGGCGCCUGUCGCAUCCAUCCCAUGCUGUUGCUGCCGAAGGUGAAGCCGGAGCCCUUGCAGGGGUCUGGGGCUUGGAGCAAAGGAGGGGACGCCCCCAGCAGGAGCCACCCCAGAGCAGCCCCCCACCCUUCCUCCUCCUCCUAAUCCUCCUCCUCUUCCUCCUCGCAGCCCUCCCAGGGCUGCGGGCGGCCGUGCAACUGGUCGAGUCCGGAGGGGGCCUCCAGACACCCGGGGGGUCCCUGCGCCUCCUCUGCAAGGGCUCCGGCUUCACCUUCAGCAGCAAAGGCAUGUACUGGGUGCGACAGGCGCCUGGGACGGGGUUCGAGUACGUCGCGAGUAUUAGCAGCGAUGGUAGUAGCACAAAGUACGUGCCGUCGGUCAAAGGACGCUUCACCAUCUCGAGGGACAACUCCCAGAGCACGCUCACGCUGCAGAUGAACAGCCUCAGGGCCGACGACACGGCCACCUACUACUGCGCGAAAGAUGCUUACGGUGGUAGUGGUGGUACUGACCCCAGCACCAUGUCUCCAGACCCCAGCACCUUCUUGAAAUCCUUGCAGAAACACCUACAUCUUCUUGGAAAACUGGACCCUUGCACCAAGAACGAGCCUUUCUUGAGCCCAAAUACUUAGCUUUUGGCACAAAUUCUUGCUCCGGACCUCCUCUGCAAGGGCUCUGGCUUCACCUCAAGCACCUCCAGCACGGACUGGCUGCAGCAGGCACGUAGAACCUUCCCAAAAUCCUUGUAGCAAGCCCAGACCCCUGUCCCGAGUCCAGACGUUCCUGUCCUCCAUCCCCAAAUCCCAGCAUCUUCCCCAAAAUUGCAUUAUCUGUGCAAAUCCCUUGCUCUGAGAAUCAGCAUCCUUGUCCUGCAUCAGCAAA